AUGAAAGUUGUGUCUCUGAGCUGGGAUGCCAGUAAUGGGACAAAGCUGUACAUGGUAUCAGCUGAGGCAGGAAACAAAACAACUGCGCUCACCACUAAUGUCACCACAGCCCACUUCUCUGACUUCACCUGUGGACAGAACUACAACCUCACAGUAACAUCUCACAGCCAGCACUGUCCUGGCAACCCCAGCACACCAGCCUCCGUACAGACAUGGCCGUGUCCACCUGCAGGAAUCUCUACCAUGCAGGACUGUCUCUCUAGCAUCGUCAUGGUAACCUGGCAGGCCAGUAAUGGGUCAGACUACUACACAGCCACCAUGCAAACUGACUCUGGCAUCUCAAACUUGUGCAUGUCUGACACUCAUGAAUGCAGCGUCCCCGGCCUGAAAUGUGGGCAAAACUUCACUGUGUCGGUCACAGCCUCCAACCAGCAGUGUAACAUCACCUCCACUCAAACCACCAGUCUGCAGUCAGUGCCUUGUGUUCCCAUUAAUGUCUUAGUGGGGAUGGACUGUGCCAACAACACCGCUCUUGUGUCGUGGUCUGCCAGUCCGGGCGCUGUACAAUACUUAGUGACGGCCCACAGUAGCCAUAGCAACGUCAGCUGCCAGACUUCUGACCUCAACUGCAGCCUUGACAACCUUGCAUGUGGUAACCGCUACACUGUUCAGGUAGUGGCUAUGGAUGAUAACUGCUCUAGUGUCCCCAGCGAGGGUCUGAUAUUAAACUCAGCCCCAUGCCUGCCUCAGAACGUGAGUGCCGACGUGAGUUGCUCAUCAAACGACAUGGAGAUCUCUUGGGAUGCCAUCAGAGAAGCAGACCACUUUUUAGUUUCAGUGAUUGCGGACAAUGGAGGAAUGAUCGACUCAUGCAACACCACAAACACUACAUGUUCCAUCAGCAAUGUAACCUGUGGAGACACAUUAAGGGUUCAAGUCACCUCCGUCAGAGGCACCUGCCGCAGCCAGCACAGUCAGAUCCAAAGCAUCAUGUCAGCUCCCUGCCAGCCCCAGGGAGUCAGAGGCAACAUCGACUGUGUGACCAACUCUGCCUGGAUAUCAUGGGAUGCUGCUGCGGGGGCGGACAGCUACACUGUGUUAGCUGUAGGCGGAGAGGACUAUACAGCCAACUGCACCACUUCCUCCAACACUACCUGUGAGGUGGAAGACCUGGCAUGUAGCGUACUAUAUAACUUCAGCGUUAUUGCUAAAAACAGCAAGUGUGAGAGUCAGCCUAGUGCCAUCAUUGACUUGGAGACAGCCCCCUGCUCGCUCCCUGCUAUCACAGCGGAUGCUCAGUGCCACAAUUCCUCUAUACUCGUCAUGUGGGAUCUGAUGGAGGGCAGUGACGGCAACACUGUGUACACAGCCACAGCAGAAGCCGCAGACCAUACCUACCUAUCCUGCAACAAUACUGGCACUAGUUGCUACCUCCAUGGAGCUCGAUGUGAUCUCCAUUACACUAUUAUUGUAGCUGGUUCAUCAGACCAGUGCAGCAGUACGAGAAGCCCACCAUACAAAAUAAGCAUGGAGCCUUGUCCACCCACAAACGUGUCGGUUGACAUCUCCUGCGAGAACCGUAGUGCACUGGUGUCCUGGAGCCCCUCUCCUGUCGCUGAAAGCUACCAUGUUGUCGCUAGAGCUGCAGACGGACACACACAUACUUGCAACACCACCUCUAAUAACUGCAACGUAACAGAACUCCACUGUGACGAGCAGUAUACAGUCUUUGUGACGGCCAGCCACGAGAACUGCACCAGCAAGGCCAGUCAAAAUGUCACAGUCAACACAGGUCCCUGCCAACCUGAGGAUCUCUCAGUUACAUACCACUGUAACAAUCAGUCCGCACUGCUGUCAUGGGCGGCCAGCGAUAAUGCCGGACACUACUAUGGCUGUGCCCAGGCUGGAAAUGGAGACAUGCUGUACUGUCAGAGCACAAAUCCCACCUGUAGUAUCCAGGGUCUUGAUUGUGGAACAGCUUACACUUUCUCUGUCCAGGCAUCAGAUGGGACAUGCAACAGCUCCUUCAGUGACACAGUUCAGAGUGUAGCAGGUAAAGGAGCCUCAUGUUCAAAGACUCAAUAUGUUUGUACUGUUGGCACUAAAUGGAAUAAUACAUCCUCCUCUCUCUCUCAGCUCCCUGUCCUCCAGACGCUGUUGAAGUGCAGCUAA